GGCAAAAAAAAGUGACUGAAACAACACAUAGAGGGAGAGCUGGCUUCAUGUGGGGGAAAAGUCAUCAUCCCUCCUUCCCUCCUUCCGUCGACCUACACCCUCCUCAGUUGUCUGCAGCCUGAAUAAGCACCGUCUCUGUCAGACAGAGGCACUGGUGAGCUCGUCUGCAGGUAUAAAGAGCAGCGCUGUGCUGGUGGAGACGCUGUACUCGUCCUGGGACGCUGCACAGGAUUCACACGGAUCUGUCUGGAGCCUUGCUGCUGACACACGAUUUACUAACAUUAUCCUGCACCAAAAUCAACUACUUACAUCAUCUGGAGCGACAUGAGAGAGUGCAUCUCCAUCCACGUGGGCCAGGCAGGUGUCCAGACAGGAAACGCCUGCUGGGAGCUCUUCUGUCUCGAGCACGGCGUUGGUCCUGAUGGCGUCUUCCUGGACAGUCCCGCAGAACCAAACUCCCGCGAAGAUCCGUUCAACACUUUCUUCAACACUGGUAGCUCUGGGCGCCACGUUCCUCGAGCGAUAUACGUAGACCUGGAGCCCACGGUGGUUGAUGAGGUGAGGGUUGGAAAGUACAAAGAGCUCUUCCACCCUGAGCAGCUCAUCUCUGGAAAGGAGGACGCAGCCAACAACUACGCUCGUGGCCAUUACACAGUCGGGAAAGAAAUAAUUGAUGGAGUCAUGGAACGUGUUCGUAAAAUGACGGACCAGUGCACAGGCCUGCAGGGGUUCCUCGUCUUUCACAGCUUUGGAGGUGGCACCGGCUCCGGCUUCACCUCUCUGCUGAUGGAGCGUCUGUCUGUCGACUACGGCAAGAAGUCCAAGCUGGAGUUUGCUGUUUACCCAGCUCCUCAGGUGUCCACCGCUGUGGUGGAGCCUUAUAAUGCCAUCCUGACCACCCACACCACCUUGGAGCACUCCGACUGUGCCUUCAUGGUGGACAACGAGGCCAUCUACGACAUAUGUCACCGCAACAUGGACAUCGAGAGUCCUGGUUACAUCAACCUCAACAGGUUGAUCGGUCAGAUUGUCUCCUCCAUCACCGCCUCCCUUCGUUUCGACGGCGCCCUCAAUGUCGACCUGAUGGAGUUCCAGACCAACCUGGUGCCAUUCCCACGCAUCCACUUCCCCCUGGUUACUUACUCACCCAUCAUCUCUGCUGAGAAGGCGUACCACGAGCAGCUGACCGUGUCCGAGAUCACGAGCGCCUGCUUCGAGCCGACCAAUCAAAUGGUCAAGUGUGAUCCUCGGCACGGGAAGUACAUGGCGUGCUGCAUGCUGUACCGAGGCGACGUCGUCCCCAAGGAUGUAAACGCUGCCAUUGCAAAUAUAAAAACCAGACGUUCCAUCCAGUUUGUUGACUGGUGCCCGACUGGUUUCAAGGUUGGCAUCAACUACCAGCCUCCAACUGCAGUUCCUGGUGGAGACCUAGCCAAAGUCCAGAGGGCCGUGUGCAUGCUGAGCAACACCACCGCCAUUGCGGAAGCCUGGUCUCGUCUCGACCACAAGUUCGAUCUCAUGUAUGCCAAGCGAGCGUUCGUCCACUGGUACGUGGGUGAAGGCAUGGAGGAGGGAGAGUUUGCCGAGGCCAGAGAGGACCUGGCCUGCCUGGAAAAGGAUUACGAGGAGCUGGGUCAAAUGAGCCCUGAUUCUGAAAAUGACGAUGAGGGCCAGGAAUACUGAGCCUGAGCUGUGAUGGAGGCUGCACAGCAAUGAUUUUUUUAUCUUCUGAGCUAGUGUUGAUUGAUGGUCUUUCUCGCUGCCUGGUGUUUGUAUUGUCAGCUUUAGAAGAGGAAGAGUUGAACUGUGCUGUGAGAUACCCUGUCUCUGCAUAUUCUGUGUGAAACUUAGAGACACAGCGGUCUAGUGGUCUCAGAUGAUACCACACAACCACCACAUCUACAUUACAAAUCCAGUUGGGGAACUUUGUUGCAUGCCACCCCUCUCUGUCUGUCUCUCUCUCUCUCUCUUCACACUUCCUGUUUGCCACUCUAUUGUUUUAUACCACUGAAUAAAAGCAAACAAACCCAAGUGCCUUACGACAAAUGUACAACCAAGCCAACAAUAAUUCUCUUAAUAAAAUAAUGAGGUAAGAUGAAAUCCUCUAAAUUGAA